AUGUCAUUCUCUCACUCUCACAGUGCACUUGCACUAAAAUCUCAACUCUUCUCCUUGGCACGUAAGAGCCCAUUCAUUACGAAGAAACUCCACGCACAAAUCAUCAAAUCUGGUCUUAACCAGCACGAUCCCUUCCCCAAAACUCUUAUUGAUGCAUACGGCAAAUGUGGUCUCCUUCAAGAUGCACUCAAGCUGUUUGACGCAUUGCCUCACCGAGACCAUGUUGCUUGGGCUACUGUUCUCUCCGCUUGCAACCUCUCCAACCUCCCAUACAAAGCUUUAUCCAUCUCACGUUCCAUUCUCAAUGAAGGGUUGCAGCCAGACCACUUUGUUUUCUCUUCUCUUAUCAAGGCUUGUGCUAACUUGGGUGAUGGUUAUAUCAAGCCAGGGAAACAACUCCAUGCUCGUUUCUUGCUUUCACCUUACUCUGAAGACGAUGUUGUUAAGUCUUCGCUUGUUGAUAUGUAUGCCAAAUUCGAGUUACCUGAUUAUGGGCGUGCUGUUUUUGAUUCCAUUUUUACGUUGAAUUCGAUUUCUUGGACUGCGAUGAUAUCUGGGUAUGCGCGAAGUGGACUAAAGGUUGAGGCUUUACGAUUGUUUCGUCAAUCUCCGUUUAAGAAUUUGUAUGCUUGGACUGCUUUGAUAUCUGGGUUGGUUCAGAGUGGGAAUGCAACUGAUGCGCUUUACUUGUUUGUUGAAAUGAGGGGUGAAGGUGUUAGUAUUGCUGACCCGUUAGUUCUUUCGAGUGUGGUUGGUGCUUGUGCUAAUUCAGCUGUUUGGGAGCUUGGAAAACAGAUGCAUUGUGUAGUCAUAGCCCUUGGCUAUGAGUCUUGUUUGUUUAUAAGUAAUGCACUUGUAGAUAUGUAUGCCAAAUGCAGUGAUCUUGUUGCUGCUAAAUAUAUAUUUUGUGAUAUGAGAAGAAAGGAUGUUGUUUCUUGGACUUCGAUAAUUGUUGGCACUGCUCAGCAUGGGCUGGCUGAGGAGGCCUUGGCUUUGUAUGAUGACAUGGUUUUAGCUGGCGUUAAGCCAAAUGAGGUGACUUUUGUGGGGUUGAUCUAUGCCUGCAGUCAUGUUGGUUUAGUUAGCAAGGGUCGUGCUUUGUUCAAGUCUAUGAUCGAAGAUUUUGGAAUUAGACCAUCUUUGCAGCACUAUACUUGUUUACUGGAUCUUUUUAGUCGAUCGGGACACCUUGACGAGGCAGAGAAUCUCAUAAGAACAAUGCCGGUAAAACCUGAUGAACCAACUUGGGCUGCAUUACUCAGUGCUUGUAAGCAGCAUGGUAACAUUAACAUGGCAGUUAGGAUUGCUGAUAAUCUAUUGAACUUAAAACCAGAAGACCCUUCCAGCUAUAUAUUGUUAUCUAAUGUAUAUGCCGGAGCUGGUAUGUGGGAGAAUGUUUCAAAGGUGCGAAAGUUAAUGGUGGUCAAGGAAGUUAAAAAAGAGCCAGGUUAUAGCUCCAUUGACUUGGGAAAGGAAAGCCAGGUGUUUUAUGCCGGAGAGGCAUCUCAACCUAUGAAAGAUGAGAUUCUAGGUUUGAUGAGGAAAUUAGACGCAGAAAUGAGGAAAAGGGGUUAUGUUCCUGAUACUAGCUCAGUUUUACAUGACAUGGAUCAACAAGAGAAGGAAAGACAACUUUUCUGGCAUAGUGAGAGGUUAGCUCUAGCCUAUGGGCUUCUUAAGGCUGUUCCGGGGACUACUAUUCGUAUAGUGAAAAAUCUUCGUGUUUGUGGAGAUUGUCACACUGUGUUGAAGCUCAUCAGCACUAUAACUAGUAGGGAAAUUUAUGUUCGGGAUCUCAAAAGAUAUCACCAUUUUAAGGAUGGGAAUUGUUCAUGUAAUGACUUCUGGUGA